ACAAAAGCAAGGGGAUGAAACAAGUCGAAAUAACCUAUAUCUAAAGGUCUGAAACCCUCUUCCCUCCGACGCAGCACUGUCUAUCGGGUGGAACGGUUGCACACCGGGAACCAGACACCGUUAUAACGCGGGAGAAAGCACGCGCCGAAAUUACAGUUUCAGCUCCUUGCUCCUCACGCAUAGACACAGUGGGUCAAGGCAGUAUUUCAGAUCAGGUUUCACAUUUAGCUCAAGACCAGCUGGGAGAGAGCGAGUCAGAGGGUUUGCCUUUCCCCUAACCGUCUCUUGCUACGGCGAAAACAUAAGAGGAGUCAGCAAGGGGAGGAUCGGUGUGGACUCAGCAUAGCUCCGAAGGAAUUUCCGUGCGUAUUCUUGUAGUUUACAGGGGAGUAACGCGAGCGAAGCGGCGGUGAGAUACAGCAUUAAUUCGAGCGACAUGGACGAGCAGUCCCGGUUGAUGCACUCUCACGCGGGAGUAGGGAUGACAGGGCACCCCGGCCUGUCUCAGCACAUGCAGGAGGGCACCGGAGGAUCCGACGGUGACGGAAGAAAACAAGACAUUGGAGACAUUUUACAGCAAAUCAUGACCAUCACAGAUCAAAGUCUGGACGAAGCACAGGCCAGGAAACACGCACUGAACUGUCACCGAAUGAAGCCCGCACUCUUCAACGUCUUGUGCGAAAUAAAAGAAAAAACAGUGCUCAGUAUCCGCGGCGCCCAGGAGGAGGAGCCUCCAGAUGCUCAGCUCAUGCGAUUGGACAACAUGCUGCUGGCCGAGGGCGUGUCCGGCCCGGAGAAGGGCGGAGGCUCGGCGGCGGCGGCUGCUGCGGCGGCGGCUUCGGGCGGGGCCGGCGCCGACAACUCGGCCGAGCACUCGGACUACCGGGCCAAGCUGUCGCAGAUCCGGCAGAUCUACCACACGGAGCUGGAGAAGUACGAACAGGCCUGUAACGAGUUCACGACCCACGUGAUGAACCUGCUGCGGGAGCAGUCUCGCACGCGGCCCAUCUCGCCCAAGGAGAUCGAGCGCAUGGUGAGCAUCAUCCACCGCAAGUUCAGCUCCAUCCAGAUGCAGCUCAAGCAGAGCACCUGCGAGGCCGUCAUGAUCCUGCGCUCACGCUUCCUUGAUGCCAGACGGAAAAGACGGAACUUCAACAAGCAGGCCACAGAGAUCCUGAACGAGUACUUCUACUCCCACCUGAGCAACCCGUACCCCAGCGAGGAGGCCAAGGAGGAGCUGGCCAAGAAGUGCCAAAUCACAGUCUCACAGGUUUCCAACUGGUUCGGAAACAAGAGAAUCCGGUAUAAGAAAAACAUCGGGAAGUUCCAAGAAGAGGCCAACAUGUACGCCGCCAGAACUGCCGUGAACGCAGCCAGCGUCUCUGCGCAGGGAAGCCAAGCCAACUCGCCCUCAACCCCCAACUCCGCAGGUUCUGCUGGCUCUUUUAACAUGUCAAACUCCGGGGACUUGUUUAUGAGUGUGCAGUCUCUCAAUGGGGACUCGUACCAGGGGGCUCAGGUGGGAGCCAACGUGCAGUCGCAGGUGGAUACCCUUCGCCAUGUUAUCAGCCAGACAGGCGGAUACAAUGACGGACUCACAGCGAACCAGAUGUACAGUCCGCAGGGCAUCAAUGCUAAUGGCGGAUGGCAGGACGCCACAACUCCCUCGUCAGUGACUUCGCCCACAGAAGGACCUGGAAGUGUCCACUCCGACACAUCCAAUUGAUCCUCAUCGUCUGCCAUUGUCCCUCCCUCACACGGACACACACACAUUGACACACACACAAACACACACACACAGGCGCACACACACACAUACACACAUACACACACACAAACACACACACACAGGCGCACACACACACACACACACACACACAUGCACACACACACACACAUACAUACACUGAAGGUACCCAUCACACACACACACACACACACACACACACACACACACAAACAUGGGCGCACACACACACACACACACACACACACACACAUUCACAGGCCAGGACAGUCCUUACCUUGAUUGAGGGGGAAGCCCAGCGCUCUGAAAGCAGGACAUAGGGAGAGGGCGACACAACCCCCCCCCCCCCCCACACACACACACACACACACACACACCACCCUGGACUCUCAGCUGAUAACACCAGUGACUCGCUCAUUCUCCGCCAUCUUCUGGCUCCGAUUUCGGUUCCUCUCUCGCCUUCCGGUGGCGACUUCUCCACUUCCACUCCUCACCUCCAUCAGUGUCUGUGUCCACUGUUACAGCUGUGACAUCCGUGUACUGAUCUCGCUUCUUAAAAAAAAGACUUUGUAAAAAAAAAACAUAACACAAGACAACCACACUCACAAAAUCAAGUAUGUACAGCCCCUUGUCUUUAGAUUGGAAUGCUUCACACUACCUCUUAAAAACAACAACAAAACAAAAUGGAACAAAAAAAGGAAAACUUCAUUUUCUUAAAAGACAAACAUUGCUACUUCAUCCAUAAUCGUUUUUUGAAAAGGUUUUCAUCUGACAUUUUAGGCCUUCACGUGUCUACCAUUGGCUCUGUUUUCCAGUAGUGAUUUUUUCUUUUACCCAUUGUGCCAAAGUAUUUGAUAUCUUAUAAAUAUGCUCUGACAAAAAAAAACUGAUAAAAAAAAACAUUUUUUUUAUAUUAACAUAUUGUGAAAACACUUUGUAAUAGAUUCAUAUUUAUGAAAACAGGGCCCAAGAAGUGAUAAGAAGUUCAACUCUGGACAUGACACUCUCUAUCAUACCAGAUAUUUUCAGUUGGACGUGGAAAAGAAGCACUGAAAGACUAGUAUUUACAUUUAUCCGUAUGGAACCUAAGGGUUUCUGAACGUGAUUUUGCAAGCAAGAAUUUGCUAGAAGUUUUGCUCACGUUAAAUGAAUCGCUACAUACUACUGUAUCAACUGUGUCAUGUCCCCCAAAAGCUGUAGAUACUGGUUACUUAAAUAGUUUGUCCAAUCUGAAUGAUGACACAUAAUCGGCAGGUUUUAAUUAUGUCAGUUGUAGAGGAGUAAUAUCUAUGUACAUUUAUAAUGUCAUCUUACAGUAUUUUCAAAUUUUGUGCAUUACCAAAACAAAUUGACAGGGAGAAGAAAUUCCAUCUUUUCUUUUUUGAAAGGGAUUAUAGUCAAAUGAUGACAAAGAUUUUUCGUAUGUCCAAAGUUCCCCUGGUGCUACGAAGAUACAACUAUUGGAGCAAAACGCAGAUCUAUUUUUAUGAUACUUUCACUGAAAAAUAUACCGUUAUAUCUCAUACAUUGUAUACAUGCAGAGGAGAUCUAGGAAGGCUGUAUUGAACUAUGAGAUGGAGAGAGAGAGGCUUAAGUGAAGGCUUCCAAGCUAAGAGGUUUCCAUCCCCCCAUCAUUACACAUGAGUAUGCAAUAAACCCUCCAGAUCAUGUCCGUUACUAUGAACAAACAAAUAUCAAAUGUGAAAUGAUUAUCAUUGUUUUUCUUUUUUUCCCCUCGUAUUUCAUUUGUAGUUUGUUGAUCUUGCCAUGUACAUGGUGUCACGGCCUUUGAAAUACCAGUUAAGCAUUAUUCAUUUGUUACUUGCAUUUCAUUACUUUGAUACCAAAAAAAAGAAAGGAAAAAAGGAAAAAGCAGAAGUGUGAACUCUACAUAGCCAACAGCUUUAUAAACACUUUUCAUGUUGUGAAUCUGUGUAUUAUCUGUUGUACUGAAGAACGUUGCCUCAGAAUGUUCUGGUACUUUGUACUCCAAACCAAAAAUGCAGUCAGAAUCCAGUGUUUGUUGAAAACGAAGACAAAAAAAGUGAUGGCACACAACUACAGAAAUUGUUUGGAUAUAUUUUUUAUGUCCAUGUUGUGAAUAACUCUUUUUUUAAAAUCUCAUCUUUGUUUGGCUUGGUUACAGGACUACAUAUAUUUUAUUUUCAUGCUAGCCUAUGUGAAUUAGCCCCAAGAAUGCGCUAUGCUGUAUAUGUAGUUGUGCACCUUUUUAUUCUUGUUUGCUUUUUUAUAAUAAUAUGCCAGUAUCCAUUUUAAGAUGAUGUCUGAUAGAGACAGAUGAACAGAGCCUCUUACUCUGCUUCAACACGGUCCAUCCAGUGCCUCGGUCACCUUUUCACUGAGGAGUUAGCCAGAUGGACCUACUCUCGAAAUGGAUACUGCCUUUGUUUAACGGUGAUGUGAAAAGUCAGUGUCAGCAGUGUCAUGUGACAGUAGCCUAUUUCAUUUAGCAAGACCAAAUCUAGACUACAAGAAAACAUUAUGCAACGACAUGGAAUAUAAUAAAUGUCUAUUUUACAAACCACCAAUAACAGUAGAGCAUAAUUGCAUCCAUGACUGACGAGUCCAGUGGAGAGACCGUAGAGCCUCUCCAGGUUUUGUCAAAGCUCAGCACGAUGCAUAUGACGGAUAUUUAUUGCAUUAGAGUGGCGAUGCUGUCUAAAUUUCUGGAACUACAUGAUUUUUUAGGACAUUUGAAAUGAUUUGGGAACCCUGAGCAGGCAGUGUUCCACGGUGUUCCUAUUUAAUACCACGGUGCAGCUUCCAGACAACAUGUGUCCUUCCGAGGGUUUUCAGAGCUCCUGGGCUCUGUCAAAGUGUCGUCUUUAGGGAUCGCAUCACACUGUACUUUGACAAAAAGUCUGUCACGCCUUUUCUUUGUGUCUUUGUGUGUGUGUGUGUGUGUGUGUGUGUGUAUGCGUUAGGGUUUGAGUGAGUGUGGAUGUGUGUGAGUGAGAGUGUGUGUGUGUGUGUGUGUGUGUGUGUGUGCGUGUGUGUGUGUGUGUGUGUGAGCGUGUGUGUGAGGUCCGGGUAAGAGCAGUGAAAGGAUUUCUCAUGAUAUCGGAUAUGCACUUGGUCUAGUGCUCAAAUCUGCUUUUCACAUUGCCUGUCCAGUAUCACCGUAUUAUUGAAAGCUUCAUGUAAUGAUGCUUUUAGUUUUUGCAUAUGAGCAAUUUGUAAAACAUCAAAUGUUUACUUUGUUGCAUGUCUUUUGUUCUUUAAUAAAAUACUGCAGUGUU